CUUUUUCCCCUUCCACCACCACCACGAGUGCAACCCCUGAUACACGACCGCCAGGAUGAAGGUGUCUGGUCAGCUGCGGCAAUACGAGAUCAUCGGGCGCAAGCUCCCGACUGAGAAGGAGCCCGAGCAGCCGCUCUACAAGAUGACCAUCUUCGCUCCCAACGAGGUGGUCGCCAAGAGCCGCUUCUGGUACUUCCUGUCCCAGCUCAAGAAGAUGAAGCGCUCCACCGGCCAGAUUCUUCGCAUCACCCGCAUCCACGAGAAGCGAAGGGGUGUUGUCCGCAACUACGGCAUCUGGCUCCGCUACGACUCUCGCUCCAACACACACAACAUGUACCGCGAGUACCGUGACGUGUCCCUCGCCAACGCCGUCACCAACCUCUACCGCGAGAUGGCUGCCCGCCACCGCUGCCGUGGUCGCUCCAUCCAGAUCAUCCGCACGGAUGUGAUCCCCGCGUCCAAGUGCAUCCGCCCCCACACCAAGCAGUUCCUGGACUCGAAGAUCAAGUUCCCUCUGCCCCACCGCCGCUUCGCCAGCCAGUUCAAGAGCCGCUUUGUUGCCAAGCGCCCAUCCACCUUCUUCGGUUGAGUGUGAUGUCGUCGUCUUCUUCAUUGUUGCCAUGUGCCAGUAAACGAGCUGAGCUGGAA